UGGAACUCACCGGCGCCGAGAUGGAAAGCCGAGAAGCAGACUUUAACAUCCUUCUAGCGACUGAUUCAUACAAGGUUACACAUUACAAGCAGUACCCACCAAAUACCAGCAGAGUGUAUUCUUACUUUGAGUGUCGGGAAAAGAAGACUGAAAACUCAAGAAUAAGGAAAGUGAAAUAUGAAGAAACAGUCUUCUAUGGUUUGCAGUAUAUUCUGAAGAAAUAUCUAGAAGGCAGAGUAGUAACCAAACAGAAAAUUCAAGAAGCCAAAGAAGUGUAUCGAGAACACUUUCAGGAUGAUGUAUUUAAUGAGAAGGGAUGGAACUACAUUCUAGAGAAAUAUGAUGGCCAUCUUCCUAUUGAAAUUAAGGCUGUUCCUGAAGGCAGUGUGAUUCCAAGGGGAAAUGUACUUUUUACAGUGGAAAAUACAGAUCCUGAAUGUUACUGGCUAACCAAUUGGAUUGAGACAAUUUUGGUGCAGACAUGGUACCCAAUUACUGUGGCAACAAAUUCAAGAGAGCAGAAGAAGAUCCUGGCAAAAUACUUGUUUGAAACCUCUGGAAGCUUAACGGGUUUGGAGUACAAAUUACAUGAUUUUGGCUACAGAGGAGUUUCUUCACAAGAGACUGCAGGAAUUGGUGCCUCUGCCCACCUUGUGAACUUUAAAGGAACAGAUACUGUAGCAGGAAUUGCAUUGAUAAAACGCUACUAUGGAACAAAGGACCCAGUCCCAGGAUUUUCAGUACCAGCUGCUGAACAUAGUACAAUAACAGCAUGGGGAAAAGACCAUGAAAGAGAUGCCUUUGAGCAUAUUGUAACACAGUUUUCUUCUGUACCAGUUUCUGUGGUCAGUGACAGCUAUGAUAUUUACAAUGCAUGUGAGAAAAUCUGGGGGGAAGAUUUAAGAAGUUUAAUUGAAUCAAGAAGUAGCAAAGCACCGCUAAUAAUCCGACCGGAUUCUGGAAAUCCUCUUGACACUGUAUUAAAGGUGCUGGACAUUUUAGGAAAGAAGUUCCCUGUGGAAGAAAAUUCAAGAGGCUAUAAAGUUUUGCCCCCUUAUAUUCGUGUUAUCCAGGGGGAUGGUGUGGAUAUAAAUACUCUUCAAGAGAUUGUAGAGGGAAUGAAACAACACAAGUGGAGCAUUGAGAAUAUUUCAUUUGGAUCUGGAGGAGCACUGUUGCAGAAGCUGACUAGGGACCUUUUAAACUGCUCAUUUAAAUGCAGUUAUGUUGUGACAAAUGGCUUAGGGGUAAAUGUGUUUAAGGACCCAGUCGCUGAUCCAAAUAAAAGGUCAAAGAAAGGAAGGCUUUCUUUGCACAGCACACGAAACAAUGAAUAUGUGACUCUCGAAGAAGGAAAGGGAGAUCUGGAAGAAUAUGGACCAGAUCUCCUUCGCACAGUCUUUCACAAUGGCAAAAUCAUUUCCUGUUAUUCAUUUGAUGAUGUAAGAAGAAACGCUGGCCUAAAGAACACAGAGUUGGAAGAGGAGAUUCAGUAGAUUUUAUUUGAUGUUAACCAUUGGUGGAGUCUGUACAAAUGUGUGUGAAUUUAUAUGUUGCCAUGUUUAUAGAUUUAUUUCUGAACAGAAUACCAGUUUGCCAAUGCUUUUAUAUGCAGUACAUAGAUGUCCUUGAUAUGGAUGUCUGGAAUUCUUAGAGACAUAACUGGAGAUAAUGUCACAGAACACACAAAUCCUAUUUAAGCUGCAUUUUAUUUCUUAAUACAGACCAAUAUUUGUAAAAUUUGUAUUUUUUUUUUCCCCUCCAAUAGACAGUUAUGUUACAGAAGUCUAGAUUCAGGUUUAGUAAAUUUGACAUUGUAACCCUGUUGUAAACCACAGCAUCUUUCUAGCUAAUUACUGGGUAACACAUUGCUAGAGCAGGUACAUGCAGCCUCCAGUAUGCUAUUAACUUAGGCUUUUUAUUGGCUGGAUUGAGAUAACUGAGUUCUUUUUAAAUUAAAGAGCAACUGCAAAGCUCUAAUAUGGAUGCAAAUUUGACCAUCUAUUAAUGCUAUUUGCAGUGUUUUUCCUUCAAUCUUUUAUCCAUCUGACUUGCAGGUCACUUUCCAAACCCAUGCAAAAAAAAGGUUGAUUCGUUUGGCAAGGUGACCCAGUUCAGGCUUAUCUAAGCAAUCGGAUGAGACAAACAGGAGCCUAUGCAGAUAUGAUGGGAGAUAUCCGCAAUGCAUUCCUUGCUACAGGGGAUUUUUAAAUGUAUUUAAUUAUUAUCAAAGAUUGGCUGAUUCUUACCCAGAUAUAAUUUGGGUAGUACGACGGUUAAGCCUCAUAAAAUACCUUUACAGAACUGUUAAAUUUAUUGUAUUUUAAGUACCUUAAAUUCUUAGAAAAUCUGAUUUUGUCCUAGCCUAGCGCCUUUGCUGACAAAGAGCUGUUUUAUCCAUAUUUUGGUUUUCUAGAAUUACCACUUCUUUUUUCUAAGAUAACCUUUUCUAAUAAAAAGAUCAGCUUUUUUUCUUGUUCAGCACUAAACCAUUCAUGUUAAAUAAAGACUGCACCUUUUUCAAAA